GGAUAGUGGAACUGUAGCAGUCAGUGCUGCCUGGGGCUGGCCUAGGCAUGUAGACCAGAGCCUGGGCUGGGCAGAACAAGCUGGUGGCAGCCCCAAAAGCCCCUGUGAGCUGAAGAAAAUGACCUUUAUGCUUUUCAGAAAGAAGCUCACUCUGCAAGGCUGAGGAAACAAAGGGGAGAAUUGUGUGUCACUCUAGUCCAGACAUCUCAAACCAACAGUUCCCUGCCGCUCAUUCCGGGACGGUAUGAUGUCCUCACUUCUCUUGAGAUCCUGUCUUCCCUCUGCCGUAAGGAGUCUACUCAAAGCAACACACAUCAGAAACUCAUCCAGCAUGAUGGGAGGACUCCAGCCAGCUAGUGUGAUGGUCCUGCCCAGAUCCCUAGCACCAGCCUUUGAAAGCUUCUGCCAAGGCAACUGUGGUCUUCUGCCCUUACUUGGCCAAAGUGAGGUGGAGAAGACCCUACCUCAGCUAAAUGCUGUUCCAGACAUAAGGACCAUCUGUCCACAGUUUCAGAAAUACGAGUUUGGCACCUGCACAGGCAUCCUGACCUCACUGGAAGAGUACUCAGAGCAGCUCAAGGACAUGGUGACCUUCAUCAUGGACUGCAGCUUCUCCAUAGACGAGGCCUUGGAGCAGGCAGGGAUCCCCAGAAGAGACCUAGCAGGUCCCGGCCACGCAGGAGCAUACAAGACAACAGUGCCAUGUGGCACCAUUGCUGGCUUCUGCUGCCCUCUGGUGGCCACAAUGAGACCUGUUCCCAAGGACAAGCUGGAAAGGCUGUUGCAAGCUGCUCACUCCAUGGGAGGACAGCAAGGACAACCCAUCCACAUAGGUGACCCAGAACUUUUGGGAAUCGAGGCAUUUUCCAAACCUGACUACGGGAGUUAUGUGCAGUGUCAGCCCGAGGACGUCCCAGUGUUCUGGCCUUCUCAGCUGACCAGUCUGGAAGCAAUCAUCGGCUGCAAGGCUCCAUUGGCUUUCACCAGCCCUCCAGGCUGCACAGUGAGGGUCCCGAAGAACACAGUGUUUCCAGUUGGUUGUCUAACUCCUGAGAUGGUUCCAGAAGUCCACGCCAUUUCCAAAGACCCUUUGCAUUACAGCAUAGUGUCAGCCCCUGCUGCUCAAAAGGUCAGAGAGCUAGAGUCCACAAUCACCAUAGACCCAGGUAACCGAGGAAUCGGGCACCUACUCCUAAAAGAUGAGUUGUUGCAGUCUGCUCUGUCACUGUCUCAUGCCCGCUCCAUACUGGUCACCACUGGAUUCCCAACACAUUUCAAUCAUGAGCCCCCAGAAGAGACAGAUGGCCCGCCAGGAGCCAUCGCCUUAGCUGCCUUCCUACAGGCUCUGGGGAAGGAGACCACCAUGGUAGUAGACCAGAGAGCCUUGAACUUGCAUACGAAGAUUGUUGAAGAUGCUGUUAAGCAAGGAGUUCUGAAGACACCAAUCCCCAUAUUAACUUACCAAGGAAGAUCCAUGGAAGAUGCUCAGGCAUUUCUGUGCAAAGAUGGGGACCCCAAGUCUCCUAGAUUUGACCAUCUGGUGGCCAUAGAGCGUGCGGGAAGGGCUGCUGAUGGCAAUUACUACAACGCAAGGAAGAUGAACAUCAAGCACUUAGUUGACCCCAUUGAUGACAUUUUUCUUGCUGCACAAAAGAUUCCUGGAAUCUCAUCAACUGGCAUCGGUGACGGAGGUAACGAACUCGGGAUGGGCCGAGUAAAGGAGGCCGUGAGGAAGCACAUUAGAAAUGGGGAUGUCAUUGCCUGUGAUGUGGAGGCUGACUUUGCUGUCAUUGCUGGUGUUUCUAAUUGGGGAGGCUAUGCCCUGGCCUGUGCACUAUACGUUCUGAACUCAUGUCAAGUCCAUGACCGUUACCUGAGGAAGGCAACCGGACCUUCCGAGGGAGCUGGGGAAGAGAGAUGGAUUCAGGCCCUGCCAUCUGUUGCUAAGGAAGAAAAAAUGUUGGGCAUUCUGGUACAGAACCAAGUCCGGAGUGGAGUCUCGGGCAUCGUGGGCAUGGAAGUGGAUGGGCUGCCUUUCCACAAUGUUCAUGCUGAGAUGGUCCAGAAGCUGGUGGAUGCCACCACAAGGCACAUGUGACCAGCUGUGCUGUUUGUAUGCAAAGUCCCUGCCCGAUGCCAGCCUUCAUCUAGGCAGGCGUUCCAGAGGCAUUGUUCUACCUGUCCUUCCUCCUGGCUUCUUCAGGCCACCCUGU